UCCAGGGUUUUUACAUUAAUUUUCUUCCCAUAUCUUUGAGUGUGAUCUCUGUGGUUUUAAAAUCCCUUAAUUUGAGUGAGUUCCAACGUUGUCUAAGAAAGUUGUUUUAAAGCUUUGCUCUGCAAGCACCAGAAGAGAACUCAUAAAAAGGAAGACAACAGCAGAUGCAAUCGCGGAUGUGGCUUCGUCCUUGCAGCUGCCCCAGAGAGCUGUUCCGAGUGUACAGUUCUAAGGAAUGAAUCCAGAAGAGCAAAUCGUGACAUGGCUUAUAUCCUUGGGAGUUUUAGAUUCUCCCAAGAAAACUAUCUGUGAUCCAGAGGAGUUCUUGAAGUCCUCGCUGAAAAAUGGGGUAGUGCUGUGCAAACUGAUCAACAGACUGAGGCCUGGCUCUGUGGAAAAGUACUGUCUGGAGCCCCAAACAGAAGCUGACUGCAUCAACAACAUCAAUGACUUCCUGAAAGGAUGUGUAACCCUUCAAGUGGAGGUAUUUAAUCCUGAUGACCUUUAUUCAGGAGUCAAUUUCUCCAAGGUUCUGAGCACUCUUUUAGCUGUUAACAAAGCAACAGAAGAUCAGCUAUCAGAAAGACCAUGUGGACGUUCCUCUUCUCUUAGUGCUGCUAAUAGUUCUCAGACAAACCCACAGGGAGCAGUUUCUAGCACAGCUCCAAGGCUGCAAAGGCAGUCAAAGGCAGUGGAAAUGACUGAAAAUGGAAGUCACCAGUUGAUAGUAAAGGCAAGAUUCAACUUUAAGCAGACUAAUGAAGAUGAACUGUCAGUCUGUAAAGGGGACAUCAUUUACGUCACUAGAGUUGAAGAAGGAGGCUGGUGGGAAGGCACAUUAAAUGGGAGAACAGGCUGGUUCCCUAGUAAUUAUGUCCGAGAAAUUAAAUCCAGUGAGAGACCUCUCUCCCCCAAGGCUAUCAAAGGAUUUGAAACUACUCCACUUACCAAGAAUUAUUAUUCCGUGGUGUUACAGAACAUACUAGACACUGAAAAAGAUUAUGCUAAAGAACUUCAGUCUCUUCUUGUUACUUACUUAAGACCCCUGCAGUCCAACAACAAUCUGAGUACUGUGGAGUUUACAUCUUUAUUGGGGAACUUUGAGGAAGUAUGCACAUUUCAGCAGACACUCUGCCAAGCCUUAGAAGAAUGUUCAAAAUUUCCAGAAAACCAACACAAAGUAGGAGGUUGUCUACUGAAUCUCAUGCCUCAUUUUAAAUCCAUGUAUUUGGCUUACUGUGCGAAUCAUCCUUCAGCUGUAAAUGUACUCACCCAACACAGUGAUGAACUGGAGCAAUUUAUGGAAAAUCAAGGUGCAUCCAGCCCAGGUAUCCUCAUUUUAACAACAAGCCUCAGCAAACCAUUCAUGAGACUGGAGAAGUAUGUUACUCUCUUGCAAGAGUUGGAACGGCAUAUGGAGGAUACACAUCCAGAUCAUCAAGAUGUUCUGAAAGCCAUCAUAGCAUUCAAAACUCUCAUGGGACAGUGCCAAGAUCUAAGAAAACGAAAACAGCUGGAGUUGCAGAUACUUUCUGAACCUAUUCAGGCAUGGGAAGGGGAGGAUAUUAAAACAUUGGGAAGUGUAAUUUUUAUGUCACAAGUAAUGGUACAGUACGGAACAUGUGAGGAAAAAGAGGAGCGGUACCUCAUGUUAUUUUCAAAUGUCUUGAUAAUGUUAUCUGCAAGUCCUCGGAUGAGUGGCUUUAUCUAUCAGGUUAGUAGAUUUCAUAUAGAGCCAAUAGCAGGACUGGUGGUGAUUAGAUUAGAUGAAAUUGAAGGGAAUGACUACACAUUUGAAAUCACAGGUCACAUAUUAGAGAGAAUUGUGGUCCACUGCAGCAACAACCAAGACUUCCAGGAAUGGCUGGAACAGCUGUAUAGACUGAUUAGAGGACCUGCCUCCUGCAGUUCAUUAUCCAAGACAUCAUCAUCAUCUUGUAGUGCUCAUUCUUCUUUUAGCUCUACUGGACAGCCCCGAGGACCCUUGGAGCCUCCUCAAAUUAUAAAACCAUGGAGUUUAAGUUGUCUACGACCUGCACCUCCACUUAGACCAUCAGCAGCACUAAGUUAUAAAGAGAGGAUGUCUUAUAUCUUGAAGAUGCAAUUCUGGCAUGAAUCUAGUAAAAGCCCCAAAACCAUGAAGAAGUUUCUUCAUAAAAGAAAGACUGAAAGAAAGCCAUCAGAAGAGGAAUAUGUAAUUCGGAAAAGUACAGCUGCUCUGGAAGAGGACGCUCAGAUUCUUAAAGUGAUUGAAGCCUACUGUACCAGCGCAAAUAUUCAACAAAGCCAUGGCUCAAGUUCUCGUAAAGAUUCAGUUCCACAAGUCUUACUCCCCGAGGAAGAGAAACUCAUCAUUGAAGAAACCAGAAGCAAUGGUCAGACCAUCAUCGAAGAAAA